CUUGUGGUUUAUGAGCUCCAGGAGCUGGAGGUGCUGCAGCGGAGCCGCGCAGGAGGGGGGACGAGCCGCUGCAGCCCAGAUUCUUAUUCCGCUGGAGACUGGAUUGAAGACGGGGUCUGAGGUCCCUGGUGGAGGAAGGAGGCGAGGAGGAGGAGAAGGAGGAGGUUUCCCUUGGCCUCUAAGCUGUGAAACCGGAAAACCAGAGCAUGUCACAGGUCAUAGAAUCCCACGUGUUGCGUGUUGGACAGACUGUGUGUAUUUCCUCACCGGAGGAAAGCAAGAGCCUGCGCCCGGCGGGGUGCCCGGGCUGCUCCGCGCUGCCGGGCAAGUACGUCUACUACUCCACGGAGGCCUGGACUGACGCCCCCUCCUUGGUGCACCCCAAGGCUCGCCUGCUCCCCAGCGGGAGGGCGCACGGAGCCCAGCCCGUGCCGGAGCACGUGGCUGCUCACACGCAGGGGAAGGGCCAGCAGAAUUCCUCCUUGGAGAGACCCCCUGCCCCGUGCCAGCCGAAGGAGGAGGAGAGCACCAGCACGGCCCCUGAGGCUCAGCCGAUGUCUCCCUCCCUGGACAUAACCAUAGAGACUCUCAACCAGAUGAUCCUGGAGAUCGACCCGACCUUCCAGCCGCUGCCGUGCAGGCCGGUGAAGGAUGCAGCCCAGCCUGCUGCUCAGGGGGACGCUGCGGCCACCAAGAAGCAGGAGCCAGAGGCAAUAGACAUCAAGUACAUAGAGCUGAUACCAGGCAGAGCCACGGGGCCCGACCUGCCACAGGGCUCCCCCAGCCCUUCGGGCACCCCCUUCUCCAGGUCCCCUCAGACCAGCAGCUUCCUGCCCCAAAAAGGAGCACUCGGAGGCAAAUACAGCACCAGUGACAGCGUGGUUUUCUCGAGCCCAGCCGGACCCUCGAGUCCCCAGUCGGGCGCCCUGGGCUGCAGCAAAGCAUCCGAGAGCACCGGCGCGCCCUGGCAGUGCCUGGCAGGACACACGGACACAGUUUCCUACAGCCCCGGGGCCCUCAGCACCUCCCCAGGUGCUGACAAUCUGCUGAAGCCCGUGCAGGUGCUGAGGGCCCGGCAGAGGGGAAGCUGGGUGUCCCAGCUCUCCACGAGCCCUGGCUCUGACACCAGCUACAUCCUGGGCAGCAGCACCCACUCGCUCCACAACGAGGACUCGGAUGCUUCGGCUGCUGCCUCCCUGUCCCCCGCCAGCUCCCUGGGCAGCCCCUGCUCCCCUUCCUCUGGCAUCGUGUCUCACCCCAGGGAGGCUUUUGGCCAGAGCUCCCCCCAGCCCCGGGCUGGCAGCUCCCCCAGCGCCGGCACCGCCCUGGCCCAGAAGGGCCAGGCCAGCAGCUGCCCCCCGUCCAUCCUCACCUCCGCGGCCGACAUCCCGGUGCUGCUGGUGAACGGGUGCCUGGAACAAGGAGAUGGAGCCCCCCGAGUGGCCAAAGCCCCCCCCAGCUCUGCCACGCAGCCCGCCGGGGCCGGCUGCAGCCCGGCCUCGAGGCUCGGUGGCCUGAACAACGCGCGGUCAGCGCCCGCGCUCAGCUGCCUCUCGGACAGUCCCCUGAAGGCUGGGCAGCCCACCAUGAAGUUUGUGAUGGACACAUCAAAAUACUGGUUCAAGCCAAGCAUCAGCAGGGACCGAGCAAUCCAGCUGCUGAGGGACAAGGAGCCGGGCACGUUCCUGGUGCGGGACAGCACCUCAUUCCGGGGCUCCUUCGGGCUGGCCAUGAAGGUUCCUGCCUCUCCCUCCGGCAGCCAGACAGGCGAGGAGAGCAGUGACCUCGUCCGGCACUUCCUCAUCGAGUCCUCCACCAAAGGGGUUCACCUGAAGGGUGCCAGCGAGGAGCUGUAUUUCGGGAGCCUCUCUGCCUUCGUCUACCAGCACUCCAUCACCCCGCUGGCACUGCCCUGCAAGCUCAGCAUCCCCACCCGAGAUCUUGCUGAUGGAGAGGACAGCCCUGACUGCACUCCUGAACCUGCCCUGUCCCUGGCCAGGAAAACUGCAGUGUGCAACGUCCUGUACCUCAGCUCGGUGAACGUGGAGACGCUGACGGGAGCCCCGGCCAUCCUGAAGGGCAUCUCCUGCACCUUGGAGCUGGAGACGCUGCCCACCCCCACGCUGGUGCACUUCAGGGUGACAGAGCAGGGUGUCACGCUGACCGACGUGCAGAGGAAGGUGUUUUUCAGGCGACACUACCCUUUGGCUGCCAUCAGGUUCUGUGGGAUGGACCCUGAGAACAGAAAGUGGCAGAAGUACUGCAAGUCCUCCAGAAUCUUUGGGUUCGUGGCCAAAAGCCAGACAGACUCGGAGAACCUCUGUCACCUGUUUGCGGAGUACGACACCGUGCAGCCAGUGUCCCUUGUCAUCGACCUGCUCCGCCAGCUCCUGCCCAGCCCAUAGCGACAGAACCCUGGGACGCUCGGGGCCAGCAGCUGCUCACACACUGCUGAGCUUCUCCUGCUCCCCUUCUCCUGCUUCUGGGUUGCAUUUUGGCAACAGCACGUAUUUAGACUUUUUUGUUAUGCACCGUCGCAUCAGGAGCCUCAGCUGAAGACUUUCAGCUCUGGUGGGAGGGGAUGCUCCUCCGAGCCUCUCCAUGGGGCACUGGCUGCCCUGGGGAAGGGACGGGAGCUGUGCUCUCCAUGGAACCACUGUCCCUCAGCUGGACCAUCUGCUUUGAAGGACCACAAUGCUCUGGCUGGGGUUUCUACCAGCCAUGAGGUGCCCUGUUCUUGGGGUGUCUGGGCUGAGAGAGCUCACGGAGCUGAACUGAGCUGAGCUCCCACCAUUGGGGACUCAGCCCUGACACCCCAGUGCUGCACGAGCGAAAGUCUGUGGGAGGAAUCACCCCCUGAGCAGCACAAAGAGGCAGCUUUGCAAAUCAAAGUGUAUAAAAUGACUAAGUCCUACUGGAAACCUGCUUCCCUUAAGGAGCAAGCAGCAUCCACAGGCAGGAAUGACAGAGCAAUGCAUUUUUCCUGGUGCUGGGAAAUUCUCCUGCCCUUUUACGCAGUGCGGGGUUGCGGGCAGGGCUCGACCUCCCAGCAUUGCUGAGAGCUGGGAAAUAAAUGGUGACAUUUUCAUGACAGUGAAA